AACAAGAAAAGAUUUUUGAGUUUUACCAUUAGCAAUGGAGAAAACGUCUCUCAAGCUUUUCUUCUUGUUCUCCCUCGCAGUCAUAGCAUUUUGUUCGUCUUUGGGUGAUGCAAGAGAGAUGAUGGUGGAGGAAGAAGUGAACUGCAUCGACGGCAAAUGUCCUCAAGGAAAGAAGAACUGUAACUGCUUGCCGCCAGUAGCACAUAUAAUGGAUAAUAACGGUCGGGUUUGCACUGUAGAUCUUGACUGUUACAAGUACUGUCCUCCGCAAUGCAAGUUUGCAACAUGUGACUGUAGGUGUGAUAUUGGUUGUUGUACAUGUACCUGUUAACGAGUGUUUAGGAGAUUU